AUGUCUCCAGCUCUAGUAACCGAAAAGUGGUGGAAAAACUCCAUAAUCUACCAAAUAUACCCAGCGAGCUUCAAAGACUCCAACGGCGAUGGAAUCGGCGAUAUCCCAGGAAUCAUCUCAUCCCUAGACUACAUCACAAGUCUAGGAGUCGAUGUGAUCUGGCUAUGUCCCAUGUACGACAGUCCCCAAAUCGACAUGGGCUACGACAUCUCCGAUUACCAAAGUGUCUAUGGACCCUACGGCACCGUCCAGGACAUGGAGGACCUGAUCUCUGAAUGCCACAAGCGUGGACUGCGAAUCAUCCUGGACCUGGUGGUAAACCACACCUCGGACCAACACAAAUGGUUCCAAGAAUCCCGCUCCUCCAAGACAAACCCCAAGCGAGACUGGUACAUCUGGAAACCAGCCAAGUACGACGCCAACGGCAACCGUCAGCCGCCCAACAAUUGGCGCAGCAUAUUCGGCGGCAGUGCCUGGGAAUGGGACGAGAAGACUCAAGAAUACUAUCUCCACCUGUUCUGCGUCGAACAGCCCGAUGUCAACUGGGAGAAUGCCGAGACUCGUCAGGCAAUCUAUGACGAAGCGAUGGAAUUCUGGCUCCAGAAGGGUGUGGAUGGGUUCCGCGUUGACACGGUCAACAUGUACAGCAAACAUCCCGGAUACGCGGACGCGCCUAUCCUCGACCCCAAGUCCGAAACACAACCUGCUUUCUCGCUAUUCUGCAACGGGCCCCGGAUCCACGAGUAUCUGAGCGAGAUGAACGAGGUACUUUCCAAAUACGAUGCCAUGACCGUCGGCGAACUGCCGAAUACACACACUCUGGAAGGCGUCUUGCGCUAUGUCUCCGCAGCAGAGAAGCAGCUGAGCAUGGUCUUCCAGUUCGACCUGGUGGAUCUCGGGCAUGGAAAGGACUACAAGUUCCUGACCACGGACCCGGGCUGGACACUCGGCGAACUGAAAGCGGCUGUCAAGAGCACGCAGGAUAUCAUCCGCGGCACUGAUGCGUGGACGACCGUUUUCAUGGAGAACCACGACCAGGGGCGGUCAGUGAGUCGAUUCGGUUCUGACAAGACGCCCGAGUGGCGCGUUCGGUCGGCGAAAAUGCUCGCCAUGAUGCAGAGCACGCUUUCUGGCACGCAGUAUAUUUACCAGGGUCAGGAGAUUGGUAUGGUGAAUGCGCCGCGGGAGUGGACGAUUGAUGAAUACAAAGAUAUCGAUAGCUCGAAUUAUUAUCGCAUGGUCAGCAAAGUGUCGAACAAUGACCCUGUCGCACUGGAGACUGCUAUGGAUGCUCUGCAGCGGCUGGCGAGAGAUCAUUCCAGACUUCCGAUGCAGUGGAGUGAUGAGGCUUAUGCUGGGUUUUCACCUGCUACGUCGGCGAAGCCUUGGAUGCGUCCGCAUGAUAAUUACCCUGAGGUCAAUGUGAAGUUGCAGGAGAAGGAUGGGGGUUCUGUUCUUGAGUUCUGGAAGAAGAUGACUGAGCUGCGCAAGCAAUAUGCUGAUCUCUUGGUCUUUGGGGACUUUGAUAUUCUUGACGAGGAGAAUGAGAGUGUCUUCACGUACACCAAGUCUAGUCGGGAUCGGACUGUCUUGGUGAUUCUUAACUUCUCGGAUAGAUCCCAGAAGUUCGAAACGCCGGAGACUUUGAAGGGUGAAUGGAAGUUGUUGGCUGGCAAUGUUGAUGAUAUUCAAGAGGAAUUACAGGCGUUUGAGGGACGGGUCUUUUUGGUUUGA